UUUCACUCUCUUUCAAAAAUCCCCCAUUUCCUUGUUUUCUCUCUCUCCAUUGCUCUCUCUCUCUCUCUCUCUCUCUCUCUCUCUAUACAAAGAGUUAAAAACCUUGUUUUUACAUAUAAAAACUCCCUUUAUUGGGUGUAUAACAGUGGGCAAACAGAGUUUCCUGAGCUAAAAAACAGGAAGAGGUUUGAACAAAGCAAAAACCAAAACUCACAAGUUUUUUUUCUGAGUAAAAAAGCUUGAAUGGAAGGCGGAGUGCCAAAAGUAGCACAGAGUCUGUAAUGGGUUCUAAUUAAGGGUGGUCAAUUGUGGAGGCUUUGAUAGCUGUGCUGGUUGAUCAAGAAAAAGAAUUGUAAGAGUAAAGGUAGUCACCGCUGGCUAGUUUGGGUAUUCUUGUCAAGGAGAGAUGGAUAUGGGAGACAGAGAUAAAUUUGAGUUAGAAAAUAAGAAUGAAGAUCCAAUGAACUAUUCGCCUGGAAUGUCUUCAGACUGGAGAUUUGGUGGAUCAAAUCUUACAAAUACAUCUAUGGGCUUGGUUUCGGUUGGAAAUUCAAUGGCAGUUAGCAAGGGUGAUUUAAUUGGUUCUUCUUGUUCCUCAGCUUCAAUGAUGGACUCAUUUGGCCCAACACUUUGGGAGCAACCCACCAAUUCACAAAGCUUGGGUUUUUGUGAAAUGAAUGUCCCUAGCAAUUCGAACACUGUAAGCACAUUAGGAAUUAGAAAAGGCAGUCCUGGCUCAUGGCGAAAUGGUACUGAUAGAGCUCUUGAUAUGUAUUGGAAUCCACCGAAUUCAAUGUCAAAGGGUGGUAUGUUCUUACCAAAUGUGCCUGGAGUGCUUCCACAAAGCUUAUCCCAGUUGCCAGCUGACUCUGCUUUUAUAGAGCGUGCCGCAAGGUUCUCAUGCUUCAAUGGUGGGAAUUUUGGUGACAUGGUUAACUCUUUUGCAAUUCCUGAAUCCAUGGGAAUUUACUCAAGAGGUGGGGGAAUGAUGCAUGGAGCUCAAGACAUUUUAGGAGGCAAUGGAUUGAAACCAGUGUCUGGUUUGCAGUCUCAAAAGAAUGAGCUGAGUGUGGGUGAAGCUUCAAAAGAUGCUUCUUUGACUGUUGAGCAUGGGCCUACCGAUGGGGCCCCACUCAAGAAUGAGAGGAAAAGUGAGAGCCUAGUAAGAUCUCAUGACGAAGCAAAACAAGGUGUUGGUAAUGGUGGGUCUGGUAAUGAAUCUGAUGAAGCUGAAUUUAGUGGUGGUGGCCAAGAGGAGCCAUCCAUGUUGGAGGGUCAUGGAGGUGAACCUUCUGCUAAGGGGCUUGGCUCGAAGAAAAGGAAAAGAAAUGGACAGGAUAUGGAUCUUGAUCAAGCCAAAGGAGCUUCACAACAACCUGGUGAAUCAGCAAAGGAUAAUACUGAAUUUCAACAUAAGGGAGACCAAAACCAUGGUACAGCCACAAACAAGGCUACUGGAAAACAUAGUAAACAGGGGUCCCAAGCUUCAGAUCCACCAAAAGAAGAAUAUAUUCAUGUUAGAGCUCGAAGAGGGCACGCAACAAACAGCCAUAGUCUUGCAGAGAGAGUCAGAAGGGAAAAGAUUAGUGAAAGGAUGAAGUUUCUUCAAGACCUUGUACCUGGAUGCAGCAAGGUAACUGGUAAGGCAGUGAUGUUAGACGAAAUCAUUAAUUAUGUACAGUCGUUGCAACGGCAGGUUGAGUUUCUGUCGAUGAAGCUCGCAACGGUGAAUCUGAGACUAGAUUUUAACAUUGAAGGGCUCCUUGCAAAAGACAUCCUUCAGUCACGGGUUGGUCCAUCAUCUACACUAGCAUUUUCCCCAGAGAUGCCAAUGUCUUAUCCUUCACUACAUCCAUCUCAACAAGGACUUAUUCAGGCAGGCCACCCGGGCAUUGGGAGUUCUUCUGAUGUACUUCGGAGAACCAUUAGUUCUCAGUUGACACCUCUAACUGGGGGAUUCAAGGAACCUAAUCAGCUACCAAAUGUGUGGGAGGAUGAGCUCAACAAUGUAGUACAGAUGAGCUUCGGAACCAGUGCUCCUCCUAGUAGCCAUGAUGUGGAUGGGUCUUUGCCAGCAGGUCAUAUGAAAGUUGAACUUUGAUCACUCACCCAGAUUUUAUGCCAUACGGCAAUACUUUGUGCCAUAUUAUACGCAAACCUUGCCAAAAUAUCCGAAGUACAUGACAUUCCCUCUUCCAAGGACUAUGGUUGACAAGAUACCAUCAAAAUAAUACUUCAUGAUCCAAGUUAUACCAGCCUCUUGCUUAAAAAAAUUCUCAGAAGGAAGGUGAAGCUGUGCGGCCUGACAUAUCAUCUCUUUUGUUCAGGCCAUGUUACAUUGUAUGCCAUGCAUAUAUAUAUGCAGCAAUAUGAAAGUUCUACAGUCUGAUGGAAAUGGUUUGCCUCUUAGGUGAAGGGACAAAGAAAUGUGUAUAGAUUGAUACUACAAAAGAUUUCGAGAGGAAAUGAUUAGAGGGAAGUUGAUAAUGAAGGUUUGUUCUUUUGUUUCUGUCAGAUGGAAUGGGCAAGGAUAUGUAGGUUAUAAGAAUGCUAUGGAAAUCAUGGUCAUGUUUUUGCUGCUCAUUUUGGAGAGUUUAGAGGCUGUUUUUGUUAAUAAUAUAUAUUUGACAAAAUGUUAAAUGUUAUUUAUUUCCUUUUUUUGGUUCA